GUUGCUGCUGUUGCAGUCUGCUUGAUCGUGCUACGUGUCGCGUGUGGAUUUCUCAGAUAGAGAUUAGAGGUAAAGUGGUGGUGCUUCAUGGAGAUCGGUUGGCUUUAGACUUUAAACACCACACACGGUCAAAUUACCUCGAGUUGAAUCUGUGAUUUAUGCACGUGCAUGUGAAAUAAAACAAGAGAAAUCGAUUGUCUGGAGUAAGGUGAGAGGAGAGGAUAUUGGCUAAAACGACGGCGCUCGGAAGAAUGCAGCCCAGCAAAAUUGCUGGGACCACGGCAAAUGCCGCUGGUGCCGCCGGUGCCACUGGCAAAAAAGUCCUCUUUCCCGACAAGAAACCAGUAACCAAGCAGGUCAAAUCUUCUACCCUGACCAACGCCGCUGGACUCAAUUCUCUCGUCAUCUUCACGGUACUUUUGCUCGCCUGGAUCUCCGGAUUCGCCUCCAGACUGUUCGCCGUUAUACGUUUCGAGAGCAUCAUUCACGAGUUUGAUCCCUGGUUCAAUUAUCGUGCAACUGCUUAUAUGGUGCAACAUGGUUUCUACAAUUUUCUGAAUUGGUUUGAUGAGAGAGCAUGGUAUCCACUUGGACGAAUUGUAGGAGGAACAGUUUAUCCAGGAUUGAUGAUCACUUCAGGAUCAAUACACUACAUCCUGCAUGCUUUGAAUAUUCCAGUUCACAUCAGAGAUAUUUGUGUUUUCUUGGCACCAGUAUUCAGUGGACUGACAGCAAUAUCUACUUAUUUUUUGACAAAAGAAUUAUGGAAUGCAGGAGCUGGAUUAUUUGCUGCAUGUUUUAUUGCCAUUGUACCUGGAUAUAUUUCAAGAUCAGUAGCUGGCAGUUAUGACAAUGAGGGCAUUGCCAUAUUUGCAUUACAGUUUACUUACUACCUGUGGGUCAAAUCUGUUAAAUCUGGCUCAAUUUUUUGGGCUUCCUUGACUGCUCUCUCCUACUUUUAUAUGGUUUCAGCAUGGGGAGGAUACGUUUUCAUAAUUAACUUGAUACCUUUGCAUGUUUUUGCACUACUUAUUAUGAAUCGUUUUAGUCUGCGUCUUUUUACAAGUUAUACCACAUUCUACAUCCUUGGACUUUUGUUUAGUAUGCAAAUCCCAUUUGUUGGUUUCCAACCAAUUAGAACAUCUGAACAUAUGGCUGCUGCUGGUGUCUUUUGUUUAUUGAUUCUUGUUGGAACAUUGAAAUACCUCAGAACUUUUUUGACAAAGUCAGAAAUGAAAUACUUUGGAGGAAUAGUAGCUGGAAUUGCAUUAGUAUUCUUUGUUGUUUUGAUAAUCUUAACUUACGCUGGUUUUAUUGCACCUUGGAGUGGAAGAUUUUAUUCUCUGUGGGAUACAGGCUAUGCGAAAAUUCAUAUCCCUAUCAUUGCAUCUGUAUCUGAACAUCAACCAACGACCUGGUUCAGUUUCUUUUUUGAUUUACACAUUCUUGUUACAACCUUUCCAGUAGGACUUUGGUACUGCAUCAAACAUAUUACUGAUGAGCGUGUUUUUGUGGUCCUAUACGCAAUAAGCGCAGUCUACUUUGCCGGUGUGAUGGUGCGUCUGAUGUUAACGCUUACUCCAGUCGUGUGCAUGUUGGCCGGUAUCGCUUUCAGUUGCUUGCUAGAGUUGUUUUUGAAAGAAGAAGAUCGCGAAGAGGGUGGUACGAACACAAGCGAAGAGGAAAGCGAGGAGGAACAAGAAAAGAGUCCUGGUCGUGCUUUGUACGAUAAAGCCGGCAAAUUGAGGAAAAUGAAGCACGAAAGACCGAAAGGCAACGGUGAUGGUAUCGGAGCUAACACACGCAACGGUGUUGUCAUUUUCAUACUGAUGCUUCUAAUGAUGUUUGUGGUGCACUGCACCUGGGUUACGAGCAAUGCCUACUCGAGCCCGUCUAUUGUCCUAGCCUCCUACAGUAACGAUGGUGGACGAGCUAUUCUCGACGAUUUCCGUGAGGCUUACUAUUGGCUGGCUCAAAACACUCCCACUGAUGCACGAGUUAUGAGCUGGUGGGAUUAUGGUUAUCAAAUCGCUGGAAUGGCAAAUCGGACGACUCUUGUGGAUAAUAAUACUUGGAACAAUUCUCAUAUUGCUCUCGUGGGCAAAGCGAUGAGUUCCAACGAAAGUGCAGCUUAUGAAAUAAUGACGUCUCUCGACGUUGAUUAUGUACUAGUCAUAUUCGGCGGAAUGAUUGGUUACUCCGGCGACGAUAUCAAUAAAUUUUUGUGGAUGGUAAGAAUUGCCGAGGGCGAACAUCCCCAGGAUAUUCGGGAGAGCGAUUACUUCACCGAGAGAGGAGAAUUCCGCGUUGACUCCGAAGGAUCACCAACGCUUCUUAAUUCCCUAAUGUACAAACUUAGCUAUUAUCGUUUUGGAGAAGUGAAAAUUGAUUAUCGCUCGCCCUAUGGCUACGAUCGCACGCGAAAUGCUGAAAUUGGCAAUAAAAAUUUCCAACUCACGUACCUGGAGGAGGCCUACACUACGGAACACUGGCUUGUUAGAGUUUACAGGGUGAAAAAACCAGAUGAAUUUAAUCGGCCAAGAAUACCAAUAUCCAAACGGACUAUAACUAGACAAACGAGCUCUUAUAUUAGCAGAAAGACUGCUAGGAGAAAGAAAGGUUUCAUUAAGGGACGACCUACGGUGGUGAAAGGUCUAAAACCUCAAAAAAAAACAUCGUCAUAACACAGACGUCAUUCCGAUGAACAAUUAAAGAGUAAUUUUUUCCAACUUGA